AAAGAGUCUUUGUCAGAUGUUCAACUUCAUUUGGCAUCAUUAAAUGGAAAUUUGUCUUUGUUGAAAAGGAUUUUGGAUAGUGGAAAGGUUCACGUGGAUUCUAGAGACAAGGAAGGUACGACACCUUUAAUUUUGGCGUCCGCCAAUGGCCAUUUUGACUGCGUUCAAGAGUUAAUUUCGGAACAGGGGGCUGACCCAACAGCUAAAAGAAUAACAGGCACCACAGCUUUAUUUUUUGCCGCACAGGGCGGUUUUCUUGACAUUGUGCAGUUUUUGCUGGACAAUGGGGCACCCGUGGAUUCACCCAGCGUUGAUGGCGGUACACCUUUAUUUGUGGCCUGUCAGAGCGGACACAUGGACGUAGUCAAGGAAUUAGUGCAAAGGGGGGCCAAGGUCAACAUGCACAUGAAAGACAAAGCAACUCCGCUCUUUAUAGCGGCCCAAAACGGGCACUACAAAGUUUUGGUUUACUUACUGGCUCAGGGGGCGGCGCCCGACGCCCGCCGCACCGACGGCGCCACACCUUUAUGGAUAGCCGCCCAGAUGGGUCACGAUCACAUCGUCUCUCAGCUGCUUAAAGCUGGUGCGCAUGUUGACGCAGCUAGACACGAUGGAGCGACGGCCAUUUUUAAGGCUUCCCAUAAAGGUCAUUCCGCUGUCGUAGGAGAACUUUUGAAAUAUAAGCCAUCUCUGGGACUUUUAGCUAAUGGAGAAUCGGCCCUUCACGCAGCAGCUCUAUCAGGAUCCCUAACGGUAUGCAAACAACUUAUAGCUGCAGGAGCGAAUCCCUGUUUAAAAAAUCAGGAAAAUCUCACUCCUGCUGACGUAGCAUCGAGAUCUGACAAAAAUAUGGCAGCACGUGAUUAUCUACGAAAUUGCUCCAAUAGAAAGUAAAAAGUGACAAAGAAAAGUAUUAUAUUAUAUGUAAUUUUACGCCGAGUUAAUUAGGUAAAAGGAAAAAAUCUCUGCACAUUUUGUAUAAUGCAUAUAGGUUUUUGUUUAUUAUUUAUUUUGUAAUUGUUGUUAAAUAUUUGUAUUUAUUGUCAACGAGACUAAACAUGUGCCUUCCUUGAAUUAAAAAAAAAUAUUUCUUCCCAAGUAAUUCGCUCAAUAAUUGAUAUACUGUAAAU